AUGGGUGGAUCGCAAUACUGUCUCGACACCGUAUCGUCGAUUAAAGCUUUCCAGCGGAGGGCCAAUGCAAGUGUUAACUGGGCGGAGCCUCCGAGCUAUCCCGCUACCACAAUCUCGUUUUCGGAAGACGAAACAGUGCGAAUCGACACGCCACAUAGGGAUCCCCUCGUGAUCGAGCUUACCAUUAGGGAUCACGAUGUCGCCAGAAUAUUAAUCGAUACGGGAAGCUCGGUAGACAUUAUCUUCCGUAAAACCAUUAGGAGGAUGGAAAUCGAUUUGUCCAAAGUAACUGCCAUCCCAAAGCCAUUAACGGGAUUCUCAGGGGAAACAACGAUGACAAUCAGGACGAUCAGGCUUCCCGUGCAAGGAGAAGGAGUAACAAAAGUUGUAGAGUUUUUCGUAGCUGAUCAUCCAGCAAUUUACAACGUAAUCGUGGGAACGCUGUUGUUGAACUCGAUGCGAGCCGUUCCAUCAACAUAUCAUUUAUGCGUCAAGUUCCCGACUCCUGGCGGAAUCAAGACGAUAUGGGGAAACCAAAAAGAGUCGCGUAUGUGUUGUUUGGCCGAGCAUAAGAUGAGGAAGCCCGUGGUAGACUCGGUCGCAGACAAAAACCGGAAAAAGCUAAAGACGAACCGAGAACCUGCGAACGAGCUCGCCAAGCUCUUAUGGCAAUUACAUAUUGGUGAGGCGUGUAAGGAGAAGAGCGUGCCGAGCUGUGAACCGGUGAUCUCGACUGCAGAAGAUAUGCCCGAAAUUAGCAUCGACAUGGCGUGCCAUGAGCUCAACAUAGACCCGACGUUCAAACCGGUGAAGCAAAAGAGGAGAAAGCUAGGUCCCAACCGAGCCAAGGCAGUGAACGACUCUUAA